AUAAUAGAUAUAUUUGAACGGAGAGCGUCCGACAAUAUAAGGGGACACAUUAUUACGUCUGUCCGUUCCAUAAUAUUUAUUAAAAAAAAAUCAAAAUUAAAUAAAUUGGACGCAUAAGUCAACUGAUUAAACCUCAAUGCUCAAAAAGUCAAAAGAAUGGUUCUGGCUCUGAUCGUGCCACGUGUCCAACCUUAAAACAUUUUUUAAUUUUUUUUUUAAUUUAUUUAGAAUUUUGGUUUGUUUAUUUAUGAUUACGAAGGAAAGAAAACCAAACGAGGAAUAUCUCGUUUCAAUCAACGCUGGAAAGCGACAAAACCUAAAAAUGGGAUAUUUCGGUGCGGCGGCGGCGGCGGCGGAGGAGGUGGAGGUGGAGAGUUGCGGUGGUGGUGGUGGCGACGACGAAGCUAAACGGAAACUCGACCACUAUGUCAUAGAGCUUCACGACGGAGCACCGGCGGAAAUUUUAGAGCAUGCAAACUCAAACAACAAUUGCUCUCUCUCCGCUGCCGAGAUGGAGUCUCUCGCCGCUCUCUGUGACACAUUCUUGCCGUCGGUUGUCAACACCGCCGACGGAUCCGCCGCUAUGUUCUUUGAAACCUCCGCCUCCGCCGCCGGAACUCCCGAAAAGGUAAAUAAAUAAAUCUCUACUCUUAUCAUUCAAUUUCUUGAAACCGCUUUUUUACGAAGAUGCAUGCAUGUGCAAAUAAACAUGUCCAAAAAAAUUAUUUUUAUAUAUACACUUCAAAAAAGAAAAAAAAUAAUAAAAAUAAAAUAUUGUGUUUCUCAAACAUGGUGGCAUAAAUCUCAUUUCUAAUUAUUGUUACAAAAAUCAUCAUUUUUUUUCUUCUCAGGAAAAAGAUAGUUAUGUUUUCCAUUUAGUGUAAACGGCCCGAACUACACCGCUAGUAAAUAUUGCUCUCUUUAAACUUUUCCUUCUAGGGUCUCAAAAUUUUAAAACAAGUCCCAAAGAGAGCACUUAUAAAAAUGUUCCGUUCCCCUCAGCUUUCUCUUUCGGGCCUCCCCUCAAAGUUUUAAAAUACGUUUGCUAGGGAGAGGUUUCUACA